CUCGGCAAGGGCGUCGGCGUGCCGGUGAAGCUGCUGCACGAGAGCGAGGGACACGUCGUGACGGUGGAGCUUAAGACUGGGGAAACGUACCGAGGGCAGCUCGUGGAGAGCGAGGAUAAUUGGAAUUGUCAAAUGACGGAUGUCACGCACGUCGGUCGCGACGGGAAGGAGAGUAAGAUGGAACACGUGUACAUUCGUGGGUCGAAAGUGCGAAUGAUGGUGAUUCCGGACAUGCUGAAGCACGCGCCGAUGUUCAAGAGAAUCGAUCCGAAGUUUGAUCCGAAG